GGGGGGGGGAGCGCCGAGCGAGCGAAGCAGGUGGAGGGGGAGGGUUUGAGAGGCGGGGACUUCGGCGGUCGCGCUGGGCUCUUUGUCUCCAUUAACUCCUUCAUGGAAGCCCCCCUUCAUCCCUUCCUUCCGCCAGCAGGUGUCUGGAAUCAAGGUGUGUGUUUUGGGGGUGUGUGGAAGGACAAUAGACAGAUCUUCCCUUGUUUCCCCCCCCCCACUCCCCACCCCCCGCUCCUCUCGGCAUCACACCCAGACUCAGUCGUCACUAAUGGAGCUGAAGAUAGGACCAAGGCGGCUCCCCCUUCCCUAAACUCUCCAUCUGCUUGAAUUUCCAGGGGUUCCUGAUCCCUUGCCCCUUCCUCAGGCCUAGUUGGAAACUCGGUUUCCCGUAGUCUUCUCAGGGCUUGGAUGUGUCGAGGCUGAACACUGAGACAGCAAUAGCAUUUGUACUGGGGAGGGAAAGCCUUUUUUAUCCCUCACAUACUAGCUGAGGAGGGGGAAGAGGAGUAGGGAUCUCGAGUUUGUGAGUGGGACUGGAGAAGGAUGUGACUGGGUCUCUGGAAACACUGGGUGGCUGGGGACAGGGUGCCUGGAUCCCAGGUGGUGUGGCCAGAACUCUCCUGGCACUUCAGGGGUUGGUAGGCAAGAUGGUGCUAAUCUCUCUCUAAGCUGUGGGGGGUGGUGGAGGGGGAGGGAUCCCAUCUGCCAUCUAAUUCCCUCAGAACCUGCUGGGUGUCAAGAGGCUGGUUGCUAUAGGACACACAGGAGAGCUGGGAAACGCCUACAGUGUCCCCAGCUGGUGGGGGAGGCAGGUAUCUGAAGAGAAUACAAAAGAAGUGUGAGGAUCGUGGGGGGCUGAGAAUGAGGAACUGGACAGUUGGGUGCUGGAAAAGGCAGAAGAAACAAGUGGGAGGAGGUGCUGGUAGGCCUGCAAGGCAGGCUGGGAUAUGUCAUUCUCUAUCUGUUGCAGGAUGAAUACUGGAGCUAAAGCUAAAACCGGGGGAAGGGGCCCCCCAGCUGCCCGCCUGCCCAGCUCCACAGUGCCAGGGUCUCUCGGGACUCCUAAAAGAUCAGGGGCAGUGCCACCACGCGUCGCUGCUGAACCCAGAGCUGUGGUGAAGAGGCCUUCCGGGGAGCCAAUGGGACGAGUGGCACCUGUCCCCAAAGUGGCCACAGCCCUAUCUGGGCCCUCAAGAACCAGCAAGACAGGCCACAGUGUUUCUAGCACAGUGCCCAGGCAGCCUUUGGUGAGGAAAGCAGAACCAGCUCCAGGUGCAGGCCAAGCUUCCAGACCAGGGCCUGAGAGCUCCAGGGUGUCCACUCCAGCCAAGCCAGUCCGCUCUGCCCCGGCGGCAUCUGGAGCCAAGUCUAAGACACCUCCAGCUUCCGCCUCCACAGGGCGGAACGUUGUGGCCCCAGGAGAGGCCAGGAGAGAUACCACUCGACCAGCUCAGGGAACGCAAAGCUCAAGGGCUGGGCUCCCUGGGUCACGGUUGGUUGGAACCUCAGAACCCGAGCCAGGGUCUCCGCGAACUCCCCUCAAAUCCAGGGCCAAGUCCUCACCCCUGCCCAAAGCCACAGCCCCCAGAAGAACGCCCAAGAGCCCCGGGGACCCUGUCUCCAGCCCAGCCUCUGCGGCCAGGAGGAAGUCCAGUGAAGGCUCUUCCGGGCUUCCUUCUCGCCUCCCAGGGCCCACUCGUCGGAGCCUGGACAGCGCCUCUGCUGCCUCCUGGGCCCAGCCCUCUCUUCAGGCCCCGCCCCCGACCUGCCCAGUCCUCAGAUCCAAGGGUCCCUCCUUUUCCUCCACGCCCCCUUCUAGGAGAAAAGACAAGCAGGCUUCACCCCUAGUCACACCCCCUAUACAAGCUCCUCCCCUUCCAUUGCCCACCCCCCCUCUACAAAACGAUUCUCCGCCCACAUCUCCCCAGCAGGCCACACCCGCUAAACAAGCCCCACCCUCUCCCUUAGCCACACCCACAAAACAAGCCCCACCCUCUCUAACCACAUCUUCUAAACAAGCUUUUCCUUCUCCCUUGGACACAUCCCCUCCACAAGUCAAUUCCACGCUGUCCACAUCUCCCCAGCAGGCCACACCCGCUAAACAAGCCCCACCCUCUCCCUUGGCCACACCCACAAAACAAGCCCCACCCUCUCCCUUGGUCACACCCACAAAACAAGCCCCACCCUCUCUAACCACAUCUUCUAAACAAGCUCUUCCUUCUCCCUUGGACAUAUCCCCUCCACAAGUCAAUUCCACGCCGUCCACAUCUCCCCAGCAGGCCCCACCCUCUCCCUUAGCCACACCCGCUAAACAAGCCCCACCCUCUCCCUUAGCCACACCCGCUAAACAAGCCCCACCCUCUCCCUUAGCCACACCCGCUAAACAAGCCCCUCCCUCUCCCUUGCUUAUACCCCCUCCUCAAGUCAAUUCCACGCUGUCCACAUCUCCCCAGCAGGCCCCACCCUCUCCCUUAGCCACGUCCACUAAACAAGUUCCUCCCUCUCCUUUAGCCACACUCACCAAACAAGCCCCUCCCUCUCCCUUAGCCUCACCCUCUAAACAAGCUCUUCCCUGCCCCUUGGCCACACCUCCUCCACAAACCAAUUCGUCUCUGUCCACAUCUCAGGGGAUCUCCCCCUCUCCUUUAGCCACAGCCAUUAAACAAGACCCGCCUUCUCCCUUAACCACACCCACUAAACUUGCUCCUCCCUCUCCCUUAGCCACACCUUCUCCACAAAUCAAUUCUGUGUCCACAUCUUCCCAACAGGGCCUACCCUCUCCCUUGGCCACACCUUUCAUACAAGCUCCUCCACUUUCCUUGGCUACACCCUUUCUACAAACCAAUUCUCUUUCCACAUCUCUCCAGCAGGUCCCAUCUUCUCCUUUAGCCACAUCCACUAAACAAGCCCCUCCUCCCUUAGCCACACCCUCUAAACAAGCUCCUCCCUCUCCCUUAGCUAUGCCUCCACAAACCAAUUCUCUUUCCACAUAUCCAGAGAAAGUUUCAUCCUCUCCUUUAGCCACAUCCACUCAAGCCCCACCCUCUCCCUUAGCCACACCCCCUAAACAAGCUCCUCUCUCUCCCUUGUCUACACCCCCCCUACAAACUAAUUCUCCGUUUGCAUCUCCUCAGCAGGCCCCACCCUCUCCCUUGGCCACACCCCUUCCACAAGCCAAUUCCCCUCUGUCUACAUCUCCCCAGCAAGAUUCACCCUUUCCUCCAGCCAUGAGUUCUUCCUCAGCCACAUCACUUCCUCAGGCUCCUCCCUCUCUGACCACAGCCCCUCAAAAGGCCCCACUUUCUCCUUCCUUAGCCACAUGCUCCCUUCAGACCUCUCCAGCUAUACUUCCUCCACAGGCUGCUCCCUCUUCUCUGGCCACCCCUAUCCAGGCUGCUCUCACUCCUACCAAUUCCACUCUGCAGAAGUCGCUCUCUCCUUUAGCCACACCCUCAGAACAAAGAGCUGACUCUCUACUGGCCACGCCUCUUAUUCAGGCUCCACCCUCCCCCUUGUCCCCACCCAUUCCCCCUCGGGCCACACCUCAGGAUCCAUCCUUGUCAUUAGCUACGCCUCCUCACCAGGCCCCUUCUCAAAAACUCUCCAUUUUAGCCACACCUGCUCUACAGACCCCUCCCAUUCCCUCAGACCCACCUUCCCACUUGUCCUCUCCUUUUCCUUUGGCCUCCCCCCCUCCCCAAGCUCUUCCCUUCUCUCCAGCCUCCCCCCCUCUACAGGAUCUUCCCUCUCCCAUAGCCACACACUCUCAACAAGCUCCAUCCUUUCACUUGGUUCCGCCCUCCCCACCCUUGGUCACCCCACCUCUUCAGGCCCCUCCCUUGCACCUGGCCACACCUUCUCAGGCGCCAUCUUGGGACACAGCCCCUUUGCAGCCUCUCUCUGUUCCUCUGGUCUUGCCUCCUCCUCAGACCACGCCCUCUCCUCUGGCCACGCCCCCUGUGCAGGCCCCUCCCUCUCCCCAACACAUACUUUUGGUGCAAACUCCUCCCUCUCCCCUGCCCAUACCUCUUGUGUCGCCCUCAUCCUCUUUGCUGGUCACCGCCCCUGUGCCGGCCCAGCCCCACCUGCAGAAUCCUCCUCCUGGGGAAUUGUCCCUUCCAGAGUCUGUCCUGUCUUUGGGAGCCUUGGGUGGGGAGCUGUCCAGAAGCCCUUCCAGUACUCUGAGUGGCCCGGAUCUUGCUGGACACAGCAGUAGUGCCACAAGUACGCCCGAGGAACUUCGAGCCUACGACAGCGGCCCUGAGAUAGGGGCCCCAGCUUCGCCCCCACCCGAUCCUGAGCUUGAACUUGCUGCCUGCCAUCCUGCUGCCUGGAGCCGGCCAGGGGUCCCAAACAGGAGCCCCUGUACCACCACCCCUCGACUUACCCAUGGGGUCCCAGGUGAACCACUGUCCUGGUCUCCUUUGGCAGGGCCCCCUGAUGGUCUGUCCACGAUCUAUGAGGCAGAAGCUCCGGAAACAGCAUUUGGACCCCCAUGCAGAGAUGCACAAGAGGAGGAGGAAGAGGAUGAGCAGGCGGUGGAGAAGAUGCCUUCAGCACCUCGAGGUCCCAAGCCAGCUAGAGUGGGUGAGCUGCAGCUGGGAGCAUUGCAGGCCAGCGUAGUACAGCAGCUGCUGAGCCGGACGCUGCUGCUGGCUGCAGAGGGACCAGGGGGAGCCAGGCAGGGACCUGGGGGUGGCCGCCCGGCUCUAAGUGAUGCCGAGCUGGGCCGGUGGGCAGAACUGCUCUCACCUCUGGAUGAAUCCCGGGCGAGCAUCACGUCCGUCACUAGCUUCUCCCCAGAUGAUGUUGCCUCACCACAGGGAGACUGGACUGUAGUGGAGGUGGAGACUUUCCACUGAGAAGCUCUUGUUCCAUCCCAUCCAAAGGACCAUUGGGCCCUCUGAACUGAAGGCCCCAGGCUGUUGAUACCUGCCUUUUGCCUGGUUCCGCAGCAGGGGGAACUAGGCAGAGGGAUAGUCAUGAGGAUGUUCUAGCUUCCUAACAUCCUUCCAUCUGAGUCCUGAAAGGUCUUGUCCUGACCAGCUUCUUGAUUCCCAUGUAUUGUAUGUAUGUAUGUUGUAGAUUGCCAUUGCUGGUUUGCUCCUGUGACCUCUAGCUUCUGUAGGUGGUGUGCCUGUGUGUUUUCUAAGGCCUUUUUAGUCUGUAAUAAAGCUGAGACAGUG